AUGGGUAUUUAUAAAGGAGAAUGGGGAGGACUUAGUCAAAGUCCGAAAUGGCAAAUGGGACAACACCGAAAGGUGCCGAAUGAUACCGAGAGGUACCGAAAGGUCCCGAACGAUAUCUUAAACGGGGAACCGAGGUGUCGGGCCAAAGAGGGCGGAGUUGGAGGCCGGAAAAUGAAUGGGGAAGACAAAUGGGUAAAGGGGGUUAGCCGACUGAAUGGUAGGAAGAAGGUAGUCGUGCUAAAAAUGGAAGGUGACUAUGGGUGGAGGAAUGGUUUAAGGGCAUGUCACGGGAUGUCGGAGGUCCGUCGGAAUAUCGGAGCAAAUCCAGGGUCUCUGAAUGUUCUGACUCGGGACCGAGGUUCCGGGAUGGGAGUGGCCAAGGUUCGGUGUGCCGCAACCAGACCGGAGCUGAGACAGUCAGGAGGGAAGGUGACUUGGGGAGUGGGGAGGCAUGGUGUAGGGGAUGGUGAAGUUGUUAGGAAGGUGUGGUGUGGUGGGAGUGCGCGGGGUCGGGAUUCCGGGAUAUGA